UCUCCGUCUUUGUAUCUGUCGCUCCCUCGCUCUGUUUUGAGUUCUGUUCUUCUCUUCUUUUGCGUUGUAAUUAUGGAGAAGGGUGAAGAAAGCGGUGCCGGAAACAAACCCGCCGCGGACGAAGGCAGCCCUCUCCCCAUCGCCACUCCGACCGCUCCGCCGCCUCCCGAGGAUGCUGAGCCCCCUGCCCGCGCGCCCUUCACCAGCCUCAGCCAGAUCGACGCCGACCUCGCCCUCCUCCGCAUCCUCCAAGAACAGGGGACGGCAUACGCGAUGCUAAUGAUGGACGGCGAUGACAGCGAUUACUGGAGCUCCGACUAUGAUGAGGAAGGUGCGGGAGACGAGCCAGAUCGCGUGGCCGAGGGCGGCGGGAGCAUCGAGGGAAGCGAUGACGAGGUGGACGCCGCCAAUUUCGAGUACGAUGAGGCAUACUCGAGGGCCCUGCAGGACGCGGAGGAGCGGGUACUGGCGGUUCGGUUGAUGGCCCUUGCAGGAUUGAAUGAAUAUGAUCAUGGGGACAAUGACAGUGGCUUUCAGGUAAGUUAUCGAAUUUUCUUCUUUGAUAUUACUACUUUCAUUACUCUUGUCCUAUAUGUCACACAGGAUGCUUGGCAAGAUCCAGAUGAAUUCAUGUAUGAGGAGCUAGUUGCACUCGGUGAGGUAGUUGGAACCGAAAGCAGAGGCCUUUCUGCUGAUACCAUUUCUGCUUUGCCUUCAGUGAUUUACAAGGCAGAAAGUGUGCAAGAUGACAAUCCUGAACAAUGCAUUAUAUGCCGGCUGGAGUUUGAGGAUGGUGAUUCUCUGGUCUUGCUUUCUUGCAAGCAUAAGUACCACCCUGACUGCAUAAACAAGUGGCUCCAAAUAAAUAAGGCAUGUCCUAUGUGCAACACUGAGGUUUCUACAUAAGAGAACAAGCAAGACUGAUAUAAUCCGAUGAUACUACCAUCAUCUUCUUGGAUUCUUUUGAGGAGUUUCUUCUGUAGGAAAAUUCAGUAGAAAUGCAAUUGAUUGUAAUUCCGAGAAAUAGAAAUGUUGCAUUAUGUUGUUACCAUUAGUUGCUAUCCUUGUUAUACUAGACAUGUUCUUCUCCAAAGUAUGUGCUUAGAGUAUGCUUUUGUCA